AUGGCGACCGCGACACCGCUGCCGGACGCUGCGGCGAAUGCGUACGCUGCGGCCGCUGCGGCGGACCCGCGUCUGCCAACGAUCUACCCGAAGCCUGUGACGGUUUUGGUCAUCGGUAUGGCCGGCAGCGGCAAGACGACGCUCAUGCAGCGCCUCGCCGUCUAUGGCGUGGACGCGGGUCUGCGCAAUUACGUGAUCAAUUUGGACCCGGCCGUGCGCAAAACGGGGUACACGGCCAACAUUGACAUUCGCGAUACAGUGGACUACCAACAGGUGAUGAAGGAGUACGGACUGGGCCCGAAUGGCGCGAUCAUGACGUCGCUCAACUUGUUUGCGACGCGGUUCGACCAGGUCGUUGACCUCCUGGCCAAGCGCAGCAGCGACCUCGACUAUGCUCUUGUCGACACGCCCGGGCAAAUUGAAGCCUUUACGUGGUCAGCGUCGGGACAGAUCAUCACCGAGUCACUCGCGUCCACUUUUCCGUCCGUGAUUGUGUACGUGGUGGACACGCCGCGCACUGCGAGCCCCAACACGUUCAUGUCGAACAUGCUGUACGCCUGCAGCAUUUUGUACAAACUGAAGCUGCCGUUCGUGGUCGUGUUCAACAAGAUUGACGUGCUGCGUCACGACUUUGCGACCGAGUGGAUGACAGACUUUGAAGCAUUUCAAAAAGCGCUGGACGACGUGCAGGAUGACAGCUACAUGGGAAGUCUCUCCCGCUCGCUCAGUCUGGUGCUGGAAGAGUUUUACAACAACUUGACGUCCGUCGGCGUGUCGGCUGCCACUGGCGAAGGCAUGCCCGAGUUCUUUGCUGCGGUCGACCAAGCUGCCAAACAGUACGAGAACGAGUACCUGCCGGAUCUCUUGGCGCGCGUGAAGAAGCAGCAGACAAAGAAACACAAGCAAGAAGAAGCUGCACUGUCGAACGUGAUGCAGGACAUGGCAAUCAGCCACGCGAACGCGUCGUCAGCGGCGGCGCCCGUCACAGGCGGCGAGCGCACAGAUUUGUAA